UUUGACCGCCACCCUUGCAAGUGUUGGAGCUGCCAGUAUUCCCAGCGCGGGACUUGUCACUAUGCUUCUGAUCCUUACUGCAGUGGGUCUCCCUACACAGGACAUCAGUUUGCUUGUUGCUGUUGACUGGCUUUUGGACCGGAUGAGAACGUCAGUCAAUGUAGUGGGGGAUUCUUUUGGUGCUGGCAUUGUCUACCACCUUUCCAAGGCAGAACUUGACACCAUUGAUUCCCAUCAUAAAGGGCAUGAAGACAUUGAAAUGACCAAGACUCAGUCAAUCUAUGACGACAUGAAAAAUCAUAGGGAAAACAACUCAAACCAAUGUGUUUUUGCAGCUCACAACUCAGUCAUAGUAGAUGAGUGCAAGGUAACAAUGGCAACCAAUGGCAAAUCUGCAGACUUCAGCGUUGUUGAAGAGGAGCCUUGGAAAUGUGACAACUAA